CUAAGUAACGUUCCUUGGACACAGGUGUGGUGGUGAAAUGGAGGAGGGAAAGAGCAAGCCGGCGUUGGCGAAAAAUCCAAGUGGUAGCCUUCGACGUGUCCUCCGGCCGCCACACGGGCUCCAUUCCUCCAUCGACCACCUUGACAAGGGACGUUACCUCCCAUGUUGUUGCUUUGCAUGUUGUGCAUGGUCAUGCCUUAUCAUGUUCCUCUUAAUCAUAGCCAUUCUCUUUCUUGGCAUCACCUACUUGGCUUUUCUCAAGUCAGGGAUGCCAAAAGUCAACGUGAGAGCCUUCAACAUAACAAAGUUGCAAGUUGAUGAUGGGUCACAAAAGAUGAAUGCGGUUAUAGGCUUAGGAUUAAUAUUCUCUAACAAGAAUGAUAAGCUUAAGCUUUUAUAUGGGCCUCUUGAUGUUGAUGUCACUAGUGAGGAUGUGCUAUUGGGGAAGAAAAAACUAGGUGGCUUUUAUCAAAAUCCCUUGAAUGACACCCAAUUGGACAUGACCAUGACAUUGGAAAAUGCUGAUGUUGACAAGUAUGCUGCGGAGGACUUGAUAUCAGACAUCAAAGCCUAUGAGAUGGUGUUUGAUUUGUAUGUGGGUGGACACAUUGGUUUUCAGGUUGGGAAAUUGCAGAUGAAUAAUGUUCCCUUUCUAGCAUCUUGUCAUCAAAUCAAGAGGGAGGAUGUGGAUUUUGGAAGAAAGCCUGAAUGUGAUGUUAAGCUGUUUGCUGCCAGGCCUUCAACAAACUGAAGAAAGCAAUUACAAACUAGUUUUGCUUAAGCACAAUUUUAUCGCAUCCUUCAUCGGAGGAGGACGAGUAAUUUAUUCAUAGGGAUGAGAGUUUCUGCAAAUUGCCAAGUUUAUUAACAAGCCAUUAGAGACAUAAACAUCUUUGAAAAUUUUCAUUCUAGAUAAAAUUCGGUCCUGUUCAUUGUGAACAUGUAUAUAUGGUCUAAUUAAAGACCUUGUUAUCAAUGUUUCAACCACUUAUAUAGUUGGAGAGUAGACAAAAUUAACAAAGAAAAGAAGAUUGAUUUA